CUCUGAUUGUAGCACAUGGGACUACUGUUUUAUCUGUUACCUAUAUCCCAAAAAAUGUUAAACCCUUUUGAUAAAUUGAAUCUUGACGCAUGCGCAUUUUACGACAGUUUAGACGCGUUUACGAUACAAACUGGGGCGCUGUUUACAACCGAGCUGUAUAGUUACAAAAGGGUUAUGCUGCAAAUUGAACAAUGGUGCGUAUGUGUGCUUUUCCUGGAUGUUUCAACAGACAGAAAGCAGUGAGGUUGCGUCCUCGGCCGUUGUCGCCAGAGGAAAGGCUGACUUUUCACAGAUUCCCACUGAAUGACCCGCAGCGCCUGAGGCUAUGGCUGCUCGCGGUUCGCCGGGACACUGGUUUACCCGUUCAGUCUCUGGACGUUUUGAGGCUGUGCAGUCAACAUUUUUCACGAGACGAUUUCAGGUCAGAUAAGGGAAGUGUACGACGAUAUCUGAAGUCGACAGCCGUCCCUGUGUGGUUUUUCAAAACUGAGGAGGCUCGGAGAGAUCCGUCUCAGCCCAGACAGAGAUUUAUCCACUGCUUUCCUUUGCUGUCCUUUGACCAGGAGGCUGAAGAUGAAGAGACUGUUGCUGCUGUAUCAGAGAAGAGUGUGAAGACCGCGGGAAAAUACACUACACCAGCACCGCCUCAAAUAAAGCUAGAAUCUAGAAGCGCCGCUCUUGGUAAUGCCCCAGUUGAGGAGGAAGCCAAAGCACAGAGUAAUGGGAUGAAGAAAUGAGCCACUCAUGCUGGAACAUCUUUUAAUAGACUAUUUAUUUCUAUUUUUUAUUUUUUUAAUUAACAAAUAUUUUCUCCAUUUAAUGUAGUAGCAAAAGCUUCAUAAGCAAGUCAUAGCUGUUCUGUUCUAACGAUUUAGAUGUGACAUUGUAUGCCACACACUUAACUGCUACUACUGUGUUUUUCUGUUUCUGUUGUUUUAUUAAUACUGAGGUCAUGAAUUAUCUUUCACAAAAUGCAAAAGAGAGAGAGAUAUUAUAAAAAAGUCAUGCAGAGUCUGGGGAAUGUGGAAAGGUUUUAUGAAAGAUACAAUUCUUGACAUCAGUAUAUUAUUUUAAUGUUAUAAUGUAAUUAAUCAAUCAUGCUCAGAACACCUUACAGUAAAACUCUUUCUCUCUAGUACAUUUUUGUAUUGCUAAAAAGGCUUUGUGAUAUAGCAAGUGUUCGGGCACUACUGGCAAUAAAUGUCUGGAAAAAUAAAAGGUCAGUUCUUGUUCCUUGUCUCCGUCUCUGGUCGAUAUAUAA